UGCCAACACUGGUGCAAAGUACAUAAAUGAGGAGAGUAGUGUAAAAAUAACAACAAGAAAGAAUAGAGGAAACGCAUAAAAUUUUUUUGUGUGAAUUCUAAAGAAAUAAAAGAAAAAAGUUGAUUUAAAUUAAACUUAAUUGAAAUAAAUAAAGUGCAAUAAAAUGUAUUUCUUAAGCCUGAUUGUGAUAAAUUUCAUUUACAAUAUCAAAGAUGUUCUUUCAGCUAGUUCAAGUCUUAUACCCGGUGGUCAUUGCCGGGACUACAAUGGUAAACUAUAUGAAACCGGUAUGCACUAUAUGCCUGGACCGGAUUCAUGUCGUCUUUGCAUAUGUGACAGUGGUCUGCCGAAAGCCUGUAAAAUGGUAUUAUGCGAAGCGUUUACCAAAUGUAAAUCAUUUCAAACGGUCGGCUCAGGCAACAAUUGCUGUGAGGUGAUCUGUCUCGAUGAUCAGCUAACGGAUGGCAGUACCGAUUUUGGAGUUUGACUAAUCGUUAGUGGCAUAACGGCCACGCUAUCACUCUCCAUGAUAUUUUUCCUUAUCAAUCGUUUUAGACGUAAGAAGUUGAGAGCCAGAGAAUCAAGACAAACUGCCGAAGAUCAAAGAAGUAUUGUGGGAAGUAUAGGUUAUAUUGCUGGCAAUAUGGGUUAUAUGGAGGGUAAUUUAAGUAGCAUGGAUUAUACUUAUGGAGGAGCAGCCACUCACUAUCCGUUGUGGAAACCGCCCAGUGGUUAUUUUCCACGUGGUGAGGCACCACCACCCUACGACGAGGCAGUGGCUAUAUCACAAGCAGAAGCCUUAAGUGCUCAGUGUGCAGCAGCUGCCGCAGCGGCACAAGUUGCCGCCAACCAAAGAGCCACCAUGAACAUGAAUUCGGUAGAGAUGCAGAAUGCCGAUUUGAAUCGUAGAGCUCAAGCCAGCCAGCAGAUGCAGCAAAUACAACAUCAUGCUCAGCCUCAAACGGCUCACACGCAGCUAAACCAUCAGCAGCCGUCACAUGUAGUGCCCACGCUACAGACCCAUGUCUUGGCUCCACAAAGUCAACAGUCCAAUCAGUCCCAUCAAAUAACCCAAAGCACUACAAAUUUAAUAAAUAUCAAUAUAAAUAGUGGUGGCAAUAUAACCACCAUAGCCACGGGUGAAAAUCACCAACCACCCUACAGUUUACAAGAUGAAAAUGGCACAAAUACGGGACUAAUACAACAGCAGUCCUCAGCCUUGGCCACGCAACAGAUGCAAAUGCAGCAGCAGCAACAACAGUUGAUAGCGGCCACAACGAAUGGCUCAAAUGGUCAGGGUAAUGGACGAGUGCAUAUAGCACAAAGUAAUUCCAUUUGUGUGCAAACUAUGACUCCCAUAAAUCAACAGCCACAACAGCAGCAGCCACAACAACAACAGCAAAUGCCAGCUACACAAAAUGGCAUGCAAUCAGCUCAAAUGAUGACAGCCAAUAUUAAUGGCAACAACUCGAACACUUUGUCCAGACAGACACAGAAUCUUGUCAUGAACACUAACAAUGAUUGUGGUUAUAAAAAUUGUCACUUGAGUAGCAACAAUUCCACUAAUACUGUUUCUCGACGUCUGCAAAGAACAAACGAACCUCUGCAGCAAUAUGUGGUCGAUGUAGAGGUCAAUGUAGGCAACGGCAACAAUCGUGGCUAUCAUUCGUUGCCACCCUGCAACAAUACCUCACCAGCUGAGUGUGAAGUCAUAGCAUCGCCUACACAGUUUAGCAACAAUUCGCCCUCUAUAGCCAAUGCCAUUUCAACACCCGCUAUAGAUCAGGUUACAACAAAUUCAGAAAAUCAAACCAUGGAAGCAAACAAUACCAUCACUAAUACAGAAAACUGUGCACUAUUGAAUAAUUCUGGUCACAACACUUUGCCCUUGCAGCACAACCAAAGUAAUAAGUCCACUAGCAGUGUAGGCGGUGCCAUGAAAAACUCUUCCUCCUCCUCCAGCACAUCCUCUUCAAAGCGUUAUCAUCGUACCAUGCCUCGCUAUUAUGCUGUUGCAGAUCCUCUCUCCUCGCGGGAUACGGUCCCUACAAAUGCUCUCAAUACUGCCAGUAAAUCCUCCAAAGCGGAAGUCAAACUAACAUCUAACAACAUCACGAAUAGCAGCAAUAACUCUUCGGCUAAUUCUUCGUUAUCAUCCAAAAAGCCGACAUGCCAGUGUCCUGUGCAACAUGUACCAAUGUCUUAUAUGGGUACCACACAACUGUCAAAUGCUCAAAAUGUUUCCAAUAAUGCUUUUUUCACCGUCUUAAGCAACAAGCUAAGCUCAUCCACCAACAAUUCGCCCACAUCUUCUCAGCAGCAACACGCUUCUCAGCGUCUACAAACGAAUUCGAAUACCAACUCGCUCAACUACCAACAAAGACCAAAGUCAUCACAGAGUUUAAGUCAUACAACGCGAGAUGGAGAAAAUAUGAACAUUUCCAGCAAUAAUACCAUGAAACGUUCAUUGAAUUCACACUGCAACUAUGAAUCCAAAAUAGCCACCAUUUCAACAGGUGAACUACAAAAUUCCGGCUCAAAUGCUCAGUCGCAGCAUCAUCAGCAGCAACAAUUGCAACAGCAGCAGCAACAGCAACACCAUCAUCACAGCCACAGUCAUGCUCAUCAUCAUGGUCAUCAUUCAACUUUGCUGCCGCCACCCCAGCAUCAUGAUGACUCAUCGCCCAUAGUUUUGGGCCGGGUAACAAAACGUUCGAGCAGCAGUAGUAGUGGCGAUCGUUUACGCAGUGCCAGCAGUGGUAGUACUAGAAGUUCGGUGGCGGAAAGUGUUGGCAUAACUUCGCCAGCCGCUGCUGCCUAUUUAAAUAGCAAGGUUGAUGCCUAUUUGAAUUUUGCCCACGGGACAAAUCAUCAUCUGAAAGCCAAUGAUUUAAUAAAUCCAGCAUUACCACCGAAACUACAUAAGAGUUUAACGAAUUUAAAAUCGACCACAACAACAGCAUCAGCGGCAACUAAUACAACUAAUAAUCAUCGUAAAAAUCACAAUAACAAUGAGAAUGCUGUAAACAUAAAUAAUUCCAACACUACCUCUACAAAUUGUAAUAACUUUUCAUCAUCAUUAUCACCAUUAUCAUCAUCCUCUAAUGCUGCCACGGCUAACACAACAUCUGUACAAACCAUUUACACUCUAAGUAAACCACAUCAUUCUUCAUUGUCACCAGCCAACACCACCACCACCACCACGAUUAUAGGUUUGAGUCCCUCAAAUCAUGCUGCUGCUAAUCUUUUACAUGCUCGCAAAUCUGAACAUGAUCAUAUUAUGAAAAUUACCCAACAACAACCGCCUUCUUUGACUUUACCACUGAGUACUACGUCAACAAUUUCUUCAUUCACCAGUUCGAAUAGUAAAAUAAAUACUUCGACUUUCUAUCCGUUGCAAAAUAAUGUUACCUAUACGCUGCCAAAGAAUAUCGGAGGUAAAAUGUCACUCAAUUCCACCAUAAAUAGUGUGGUGAGUAAAGUACCUUCGGUCAUUAGCUUGCCCUCGUCUACGGGCGGUAAUGAUAAUAUGAAUUCAAAUAAUAAUUCCAAUUAUAAUAAUGGUGGUGGUGGUGAAAAUCAUUCGUAUCACUCUAGUUUACAUCAUCAUGCGCUUAAUGAAGCUGCAGCAAUAUCAAAAAGUACUACACUGCCAAAAAUUUUACGUACAAAACGAGAUUUACAUAAUACUAACAUUUCUCAUCACAACUCCUCUGCUAAUAAUCCCAACUCAUCCAUCAAUAACUCCUCUUCACCCUCAACUACUAAUAAUUCAGCAAAUUAUGCGGUUUCUCAAUGUUCUAUGCCCGCCUAUCCCAAACAGUAUAAUACAUCUUCUGCUGCUGCUGCCACAACAUCAUCAUCUUCUACACAACAACAACAAAAUCAAACAUCUCACUCACAUCAUGGCACCUCUAAUCCACAAUCACAGCAGCAGCAGCAACAACCACCACAACAACAACAUCAGCCUACCAACAUAAAUAUGCAAACCCAAACAAUAACCUCCACUUUGGCAGCUAAUUAUUGUCCAGAGGAUUCUCAUUUAAAUCCACAUUAUGUUACACAUACCAACACCAAUGCCACCACCCCUCAUCAUUCCAACUCAACCAACUCAAAACAAUUACCUGUUUGUACUACUUCCAAGAAUUGUUUAAAUCCCAAAGAGCAUUUUCUACCCAACGACACUAGUUUAGAUGACGAUUAUCUAAGUGAAUGUGAAAAUUGUAAAAUCGCUCAGAGCUCUAAAUAUUAUUUAGAUGCUGAGGCAUUAGCCUCCGGCCCCCAAGAGACCAUGACGUUACAGCGUAAAUCGAUGGAGGAAUGCAAGGAGGAACCAGAGACAGGCUAUUAUCGUAUCUCACAUACAUUGCCAACAAAUUCAAAAAAGAAUGCUCCCGUCAAGAGCAACAAUCGCGAACAAUGGUUUUCAACAAUACCAGCGGCAAGUUCAUCCUCUGAGGAAGACAUUAAUGAAUGAGAUUUAACACAUUUUCUAUAAAAAUUAUUCAAAAUGAAAGGAGGAAAUCAACAGCAACCACAACAAAUCAGCAUUAUUUACACACAAACACAUUAACAAAAACAAAACAAAAAUGAUACAAAAAACCAAAGUUAUAUUCAAACAAAAAAUAGAUGUUGUUAAUUUUUAAAAUGAAUAAAAAAUACCAAAAAAAAAAAAACAUUAAAAUUAAUAAUACUACAUUCUAACAUAACAUAACAAAAAAAAAACAAAAUUAAAUAGCAUAAUAGGAUAUCAAUUAAAACAAAAAAAUGAAAACCAAUUAUAAUAUUUAAAAACUUAACAAAAGAAAUAUUAAAUAAUUUAAACAUGAAAAACAAAGACAAGCCAUUAUUAUAAUUAAGCAGAAACCAAACCAACCAAAAAUUAGAUUGUUAAAAAAAGAAAAUGUUCUAAAAAAAAGAUUAAAA